AUGGACACCUUCUCAGUAGCCUCUCGCUUUCCCAACCGCCGUCGCGUAGCCCAGGCCUGCGUCACGUGCCGCGAUCGGAAGACGCGGUGCGAUGCCACGCAGCCAAGAUGCGGUUACUGCGCGAAGAACAACGUAACCUGCACCUAUCGGGACUCCCAGCAGCCUCGCAUCGACUACAACACCCAGGUCAUCCUGGAGAAUAUCCAAUUACUUGAGGAGCGCAUUGCCAAAACGGCUGAGAUUCAACCCCACUUGCAGGUGCAAGAUGGCGACAAUACAAGCCCCUCGCUACCAGGAUCCACGCCUGCAGACCUCGACGUGCAGAUCGCUCUCUCGCAUACAGCCAAUGCGAAUCAUGUGUACAAUUGGCCGAUAGUUCAAGACCUUUUAAGCGAAGUACACCGUUCAGAAACCGACCAAAGACCACGGGACGCAACAGAUAUCUUCUUCGAGCAUAAUCCGCAAACAACUAGGAUGCCUGGCACUUGGAACCUCCUGGAUGAUCAAGGUCAAGUUCCUGCAGAAUACAGAGCACUGAUUGACAUCUAUUUCGCCCAAGUCAAUGGUUAUCAUCCCCUUCUCAACAAGAGCGAUGUGGUGGCUAUAUACGAUGGGCUGCGGCAUGGGAAAGCCAUCGACCCUGCCCACUAUGCUCUCCUAAUACUUGUUCUUUGCUUCGCAUCCUUUCUUUCUCGGGGAGCGAACCUCGUGAGGAUUCAAGGAGAUCGUUCACUCUUCGACGAUCCAGCUGAAGAACAACUCUGGGGGAAGGCCAGAUUGCUCCUAGGCUUUAUCUUUGCCGAGGUCUCGCUAGCUGCAGCCCAAUGUGCCAUGCUGGCUAGUUUGUAUCGUGGUGCCAAGGGUCGAGUAGCAGAGUCGUUUCACUGGUCGCAUGCUGCCUCUGUCAAAUGCGAAGCUCUCGCGCGGCAAUAUACUCACGACCAGUUAGGCUCUGCCAUCCCAGAUCAAAUUUCCCGAGUCUUCUGGAUUGCGUUCAUUUACGAAGGUGACUUCGUGUCGGAGAUUUCAGUCAACCUGCCGUCGGGAAUGGCGCGAUAUGAGGAGCUGAUUCCAUACCCGACGGUAUCAACUGCAGCAGAUGGGGCCAAUGCCGCAAGUGAUCCUCAACAGGAAGUCGUGGCGUUCCAAAUCACGACGAAUGCUUCCACGCGCCGUUUCCUCAACCGAGUCAACAGUGCGAUAUACAACGUCAAGGAGGCACAGCGCAAGCAACUCGAUCGUGGCCCUCACUAUCCAGCCUGGCUACUGUCUGUGACCCAGGAUCUCUGGUCCCAUCACUCAACGGUCUACAAGAAUCUUCCAGAAUUUCUGCUGCGCAGCGAGGCCGACUCUAUCAUCUCUCCACGGUCCGUUGAGUCGCCUACAGCACGCAUUGAAGGCCUGUCAUCCAGGGGCAACAACCCAUGGAAUAUCCUGCGUCUAAAGGGUCGUUACUACGCUGGGAUGUACAUUAUCCACAGGCCCUUUGUUGAAUAUGCCCUGCUGAACGAGGAUCACCUUGAUCGCCACCCCUAUCGCGAGGCAAUUUUGAACAAUGCCGCGACUUGCCUUGCCGGCUGCGGUGGGUUUAUCCGGGUCUUCGAUUACGAACCCGCCAAUAGCAUAUCUUGCCUCUUUGCAACUGGCAUGGUGACUUUCGCAAUGACACUGAUCUCGAUGAUCGCCACUGUCAGUAGACCAUUCGUUAGUGUCCUCCCCGCCGACAUUGAAGAAUCAAUUGUGUUGGGCGUCCGGAACCUGAAGCGCUUCAGCUUGGGCGUGCCCGAGUUUGCCUGGCACUUGCAAGUACUGGAGGAGAUUGAGGUUGCUCGGCAGAACAGGAAGUGUCGACAGGGCACAGGGUAA